GUUUUUGCCCGAUAUGCAUCAAUAUGCCAGCAGAACGGUCUGGUGCCGAUGAUCGAACCGGAGAUUUUGACCGAUGGAUCCCAUGACCUAGCAACCUGCCAGAGGACUACGGAAUUAGUGCUGUCUUACUGUUAUCGGGCACUAAACGAUCAUCAUGUCUACUUGGAAGGAACUCUGUUAAAGCCAAAUAUGGUGACUGCAGGACGAGAUUUCGAAGGGCCAAAACCGACAUCGGAGGAUAUUGCAAACGCGACUGUUACAGCGUUACUACGAACUGUACCUCCAGCUGUACCCGGUAUAAUGUUCCUUUCAGGGGGACAAUCCGAAGAAGAGGCCACAUUGAAUUUGAAUGCAAUGAACCAGGUGACUAGGCCUAUACGGAUUACAUGA